AUGGAGAUAUCAUCAUUUGCAUCAUUGGCAAUAGUUGUUGUGUUGUGGUGGAUAUGGAGAAUUGUGGAGUGGGUUUGGCUCAAACCUAAGAUGCUUGAGAGUUUUCUGAGAAAACAAGGUCUUGUCGGAACUCGUUACACGCCUCUGGUCGGAGAUGUGAGAAGGACUUUUAGCAUGUUGAAGGAAGCAAGAUCCAAACCGAUGAAACCAACGGAUGAUCUCAUUUCACUUGUCAUGCCUUACUCAUCUCACAUGCUCAACACUUACGGGAAUACGUUUUUCACAUGGUUAGGACCCAUACCAUCCAUCACAAUAAUGAAUCCACAGCUGAUUAAAGAAGUGUAUAACAAGGUUUAUGAUUUCCCGAAGACGCACACGUUUCCUUUGGUUGCACUGAUAACUGAUGGACUCGCUAAUGCUGAUGGAGAUAAAUGGGCGAAGCACCGCAAGAUCAUCAACCCCGCAUUCCAUUUUGAGAAGAUCAAGAAUAUGGUCUCUACAUUUCAUAUAAGUUGCUGCGAGGUUGUGUGCCAAUGGGAGAAGUUAGUGUCAGAUAAAGGGUCGUCCUGUGAGGUUGAUGUUUGGCCGUGGAUUGUGAAUUUGACGGGGGAUGUGAUCUCUCGUACCGCUUUUGGUAGCAGCUACAAAGAAGGACACAGGAUAUUUUUACUACAAGAGGAACUAGCAAAACUCAUCAUACAAGCUCUUGCAAAGAGUUACAUCCCCGGAUAUCGGCAUUUCCCAACAAAGAAUAAUAGAAGGAUGAAGGCAAUAGUUAGAGAAAUCCAAGUUAUACUAAAAGGGAUCAUUAGCAAAAGGGAAACGGCGAGAGACGCUGGAGAAGCACCAAGUGACGAUUUGUUGGAUCUACUUCUUGAAUCAAAUUCAGGGCAAACUAAAGGAAAUGGACUGACUACUGAAGAAAUCAUGGAAGAGUGCAAGCUGUUUUAUUUCGCGGGACAAGAGACCACUUCAGUACUUUUGGCUUGGACAUUGGUUUUGUUAAGCCAACACCAAGACUGGCAAGCUCGAGCACGAGAGGAAGUGUUGCAAGUUUUUGGUGAUAGAGAACCGAACCUACAAGGCAUUAACCAACUCAAAGUUAUGACGAUGAUACUAUAUGAGGUCCUUAGGUUAUAUCCUCCUCUCCUCCAAAUGAACAGAGCGGUCCAUAAAGAGAUAAAACUAGGCGACCUGACAGUACCAGGCGGUGUUCAAAUCAACAUGCCUGUUCUGCUAAUCCAUCGUGACACUAAGCUUUGGGGCGACGACGCAGCGGAGUUCAAGCCGGAGAGGUUCAAAGAUGGGGUCUCAAAGGCAACAAAGAACCAGGUCUGUUUCCUGCCUUUCGGGUGGGGACCGAGGACCUGCAUUGGUCAGAAUUUUGCUCUGUUGGAGGCGAAGAUGGCUCUGGCUUUGAUUCUACGGAGAUUCUUCUUUGAGCUUUCUCCUUCUUAUGUGCAUGCGCCUUACACCGUCAUCACUAUUCAUCCACAUUUUGGUGCUCAUCUUAUCAUGCACAAGCUAUGA